CAAUUCCCACAGGAACAAGUCAAGGCAUUCAUAAUAUAAAACAAAAUAAAAAAAGAACACAUCAGCCAUAUAUACAACAAAGCUCCCCCAGUAUGGAACUCUCAAAGGUUUCAGGCAUCAGUACAAGCUAUUUUUCAUUUUCAUUACUCAUCUAUUAUUACCAUAAAAUCCAAUACUUUAGGAUGUGGAAAAGUCAUAUUAGAUAAAUAAGUAGUACAAAAAAAAAACUAAGUCAAGACAUAAGAAUAGAACCCGAAUACAAUUAAUCUUACCGACUAGUAUAUAUAAAAAAUUCACAUAUACAGUUUUUAAACAUUGAUGGGAAGUUAACUGAUAAUCAUGAUGUGAUUACAGAUUCUUUUAAUAAUUGUUUUCGAACAAUAGCCGGACAACAUCAAUACCAAUAAUGUUCAUCGGCAUUUUCUGUGAUUUGAAGAAAACUUUUGACUGUGUCAAUAUCUGUCUGUCUCUCUGCCUCUCUCUGUCUAAAGUAGAAUUUUAUGGAAUAGUUGGUAAGGCCAGUGCAUUGAUAAAAUCCUAUGUGAAAGAUAGGUACUAAAGGGUAAGUCUAUUUUACUCAUUGGAGGAAUAAUUUAACUCCAAUAUUAUUUAAUGAUCUUGGUCUGUUAUAUGCUGGAUGCCUAGUAGUAUACUUUCAAGUUUCAUUAUUGUAGUCUUGUGUCAAGAGUGUGCUGCAUUCUUUCACAUACACGUAUAUAUUUUAAAACUGUGUUAAUGAUUUACUCACUGUGAUUUGUCUUUGAUAAUAUGUGUAAUUGUUAUGGGUUAAAUAUAAUUAAUUUUUAUUUAUAUCAUUGAUGGAACUUGUCCUGUUGUCUUUGACUAUUACUAUGUCCACUGUUCUUCCAACCAUGUAAGGAUUAAUGGAAAGUAAAUAAAUGACUGAAUUGUCUGUUUUAGUACAUGAUGUAAUGUAGCACCUACACCAUGUUUGUAAUGUUUACUGAUAAAUUAUUUCAAGGUUUUGAGACAAUAUGUAAUACUCUUACAGGGCUAUGGUAUGGGCAGGAAGAGUUGGGUUAUCCAGUACUACUGAUUCUGCUAGAAUCCUGCACAAUAAAGUUCUGUGCAACAAACAUUUCUCUGAAAGUGAUUUCACUACAGCUGAAAGGGUACACCUUAACAGAUGUGGAGCAAGCCACAAUGCUCUAGUGACUACAGGUGGGUGCAGCAGCGAAUACAUGGCAACAGCUGUGUUUGUUGAAGAGGUUGACAACCUCUUCGAUAGUUUCAAUGGUGGAACAAGUGUUGGCCAAGGGAAAACACUGCGUUGCCCACUCAGUGACAACAGUCCCCAUAUAGAACUCUGGAAAAAGGCAAUUAUGGGGAUAAAGAGUUGGAUCUUCCUCAAGGAUGGUAAAUCCGCCUGUCUUCAUCAUCAUCCUUCACAGAAUGGGUGGCUUAUUGACAUCGCUGCUGCCCAGUAUGUAUGGAGGACACUGAGAGAGUCGGGUUUUCAGUAAUUUCACACCAAAAACCUGAAUCAGGACCCCCUGGAGAACACAUUUGGAGCUAUUCAUUUAAACUGUGGUUCGAACAAUAACCCGACUGUGGGACAGUUUGUAGAUGCCCUGAAGACUAGCAUCAUCAAUGGCCUUGCAUUUAGAGGACUGGGAGAAACUAAUUGUGAGGAUGAUGGUGCUACUCUUCUGGAUAAUCUACAAUCUCUUUUCAGGGCACCUGAAGCUGCUUCACGAAAUCCUUCCACAAGUCAUGACAAGGAAACCCCUGCUGGUGUGCCUGAGAGUUUCCAUGUUGCUCAGCAAGUACAGAUGGACAUGAGUCCUGCAGUACCUGCUGGUGACAUAGAAGUGUUCUCAGUAACUUACGUCAGUGGUUCUAUUGCCAGACAGGUGCUUCGCGGUGUCAGCUGUGAUGCAUGCAAGACAUGCCUGACAUCUGAAGUGCUCCUAUCAGCCAAUGUCUUCAUAUAUUUCAAACAGAAGUGAUACAGUGACACAGAAGUGAUACAGAACAGUCUGUCACAUAUCCUUCUGAGAAGCUUGUUGAGACUGUUGGUACUGCUGUAACUCUGAUGGAGUCUAUAAUGACAGAGGCUGCCCACUUGAAUUCAGUGGAGCAGCAUAUCACAGCUGCCAUCAAGAGCACCAUUGACUUCGAGUGGAUUAGGUGUUCUGGCUGUUUGCUUCACCACCAACGAAUAGUAGAUAGUAUUGUGAGAUGUCUCACACGAAUUUACAUUCCUUGGUGGUGUAAGCGAAGAAACAGGUUGAUGACUGAAGGAGCCAGGCAGAGGGCUACAGAGAGGAAGAUGAAGGUACUGUCUCAUCGGUAAGUCAUUAGGAAAGUAAUGCUUCUUCAUUUUUCCCUUAUAAUGGCCUGCCCUUACCAGCCCUGGAAAUUGACAGAGAGCAGUUAUGAAAUUACUGGAAGAAUAUGUGUGCCAACUAGUCACAUGAGCAUCAUUAAAUGUUUUGUAAGUUGGAGAAAGUAUCCCUGGUGACAAGCAGUUGCAGUGCAG